GGUAUUGCGGCACAGUAGCUGAGGUGUUUCCCACCUCUAGCUAACGUGUAUAAUGAUGAUGAUGACUGCCUCCGACAACAAUGAUGUCGUCCAAGUAUUCGGCUUCUCCAUCAACAUCUGUCAGCAUUGUGUCCAUGAUCUGCUGGAAUAUAGCUGGUGCAGACUUGACUACAGACGAGAGACGGUGAUACUGGUCCAAGCCUCGAUGCGUAUUGAUGGACUCCGCCAUGCAACGUCACCAGAAAGAGAAGGAGGAGUUGGCUGAACGCGACGAACGGGAACGGAGAAGACGCUUGGAACGGGAACAGGAAAAAAUCACUGCUAAUGCUCAGCCAGAGCCAAAUGGUGCAUUCUUAGUUACUCUCCCUCAUCGCAUCAAAUGUCGCGAUGUAGUCGUCGACAUCGGACGAAAGAAGAUUACAGUUGGGCUGCGCAACCAGCCGCCCAUCUUGUCCGGCCAGCUGUACAAUGAAGUCAAAGUUGAGGAGUGCUCGUGGAUGCUGGAAGAUGGUCUCAUCAUCUCCAUCAGCUUAGAGAAAAUAAACAAAAUGGAGUGGUGGACUCGCAUUUGUGACGGCGAGCCGGAAAUUAAUACGCGCAAAGUGCAACCAGAGAACUCCAAACUAUCUGACCUGGAUGGGGAGACACGAUCGAUGGUUGAGAAGAUGAUGUACGACCAGAGACAGCGCGAAAUGGGUCUACCAACCUCCGAGGAUCAGAAGAAGCAAGAGAUGCUUAAAAAAUUCAUGGAGGCCCAUCCGGAAAUGGACUUCUCGAAGUGUAAAUUUUCUUGAACACCCGGUUUUCUUGAUUAUAUAAAAC